GGGUAGACAGCAGAGUAGUUCUUGUUUCUGUUUGUUUGAUGAGUUAGUUGACUGCGACGCAGAUCGCCGACAGGACACCGGGGUGGCACUGUCGGAGCGAUUCUUUUCGAAUCACUUCGUGUCAUCGGAGCUCGACAUUCACCGCAGAGAAGACGUCGUUACUCGAGGACUGUUGAACUGGAAGUGAAAGAUGGCCAACGUGGGUACACACCUCUGUGGAAACUGCAAGCGGGACAUCCCCACGGAGAACUUCAUGAUCCACGAAGUGCACUGCCGGAGGAACAUCAAGUUGUGCCCACUCUGUGCAGAGCCCAUCCCCAAAACGGAACUGGAGGAGCACAUCGACUCCCAGCAUGCACAGGUUGUCUGUAAAUGUGCAAUGAAGAUGGAGAGGAGCCAGCUGGAGGAACACCAGUCCCAGGAAUGCAGCCUGCGCCUGGUCAAGUGCCAGUUCUGCGAGCUGGAGGUGACUUUCAGUAAGCGGGCUGGCCACGAGGAGUACUGUGGGACGCGCACCGAGCGCUGUGAGAAGUGUCUCCGCAACGUGAUGGUGAGAGAGCUGGGCACCCACCCGUCCAUGUGUGGCAUUGAGGUGCCGGAGAUGUCCAGCAGUAAGCGGCCAGUCCACUUUUCCAGGGCUCCGUUCAACCACAGAGUGUUGCACAGAGAGGGCAUUUUUGGCGGCAGUGAACACGAGAAGAGGGCAUUCAAUUUGGGCACAGAGUCGGGGAUGAGAAGACCAGCGCUGGACCUUGCCAAAGACCAGAACCGAGCGGAAAAAGUGAAGCAGAGCAAAAAGAAUGGCGGGUGGGAAGCUGGGCACCCCGAGACGCAGGACGAGCGCUCCUCUCUGGAUCACCUGCUGGCUCUCAGCCUACAGAACGGCUUUGGGGACGAGCAGACCUCCUGGGGCGACUUUCUGGAUGACAGCUUUGUCGAAGAGCAACUCGCCGGACUCCACCAGCCCGUGAGGACGGGGUCGGGCCGCUCUCAGAAUUUCAACUCCGAGAAUCCAAAAACCCUGGAGUGGCUGAUGUCAAAUGGCAGAUGGCAGAAUGGCUCCAAGGACAAGCUGGAGGACAAUGCCACGGUAGACCACCUGCUGGCGCUGGGCCUAAAGGACGACCUCACCCAGGAUCUGCUGAGCUACACUGGCUUGGUGAAGGACAGCUUUGUCAACGGGGACCUGACAAACCUCCACAAGCAGUCAGCGAUGGAAUCAACGCUCUUUAGAAAUCUGAACGUGUCGGACCACCGUGGUGGUGAAGAAGAUAUGCUGCCAUGCGAGUUCUGCGAGGACCUUUUUUCUGUGGAGGACUUGAUUCUGCAUCAGACGGGAUGCAGUCCUUCCAGCGCCUUCUCUUCCUACAGCAAGCAGCCGCCCUCCCGACACCAGGAGGACUCGUUCAGCCCUGUGCCACCAAGCCCCCUUUCCUCCCCACUUCUCUCCCAAAAAUUUGCAGACCUGUCUUUCGACUCACCUCUGGGCUCAGAAGUGAAUCUGCCCUGCGAGUUCUGCGGGAUGCUGCUCCAGGAAGACGUGCUGGUCCAGCAUCAGGACAAGUGUAUCCUUCGACCUCCGACAGCCUGCUUCAGAAACGGCCCACUCGUCCGACGGCCACUGCCUGCAACUGAGAACCUAACCAGGAAGUCCUCGCCGAUUCCACAGCGGCGCGUCAGACAUCAAGAAGACCCUCAUCACAGAGAGAAAGCGGGUACCACUCACCCACUGCAGUCACGAGGGGCAGCAGGGAACCGGAGGCCAGAGAAGGUGCGCUCGGGUUUUCUAGACUCCCAGAAGGAUGCGGAGGCCUCUGUGAAGCCACAGCCCCGGCCCAGACACCAGCAACUGAAACAAACCGCGGGUAACCUAAAGGCGGCACGUGGAUCACGGCCCCUGGCAUCGAGCGUCGAUUCCAGCCUUGGGGUGACCAACACUCGCAGACAGACCAGUGGGAGAGCCGAUGGAAAGCGAAACGCAAGCUUAUCGGCGACAAGAAAGGUUUAUUCUCCCACUGUGGACAACCUGAAAGCGGAAGAGGAAGAAUGACGCACUCCCCACUCGGGCCUUCUUCCCUCGUCCACUCCGUCUCAGGCUGCUUGUUACUUCUUUCUAUGCAAGAUCUUUGGUUUUAUAGUUGCUGUGUGGGCUCGGGGGACUUUUCACACGAGAAAACUGCGGCAAUGGCAGUCCGUGAAUUAUGUCUGCAAGCAAUGGAGCCUUCCCCCCCAUCUGCCACUUUCUCCAAAGGGGGACGGAUUUGCGUUUUUCUAUUUUGUUUUCCACUAAUGUUAAAAGGUAGUUCCAAAUAAACUUCUCUUCAUAAGGUU